CUACUGAGACAGACCAAUGGGAACGUCCCCGUUCGGAAUUCACGCUAUGGCGGAAGAUGGGAGAAGGAUGUUUCGGAGAAGUGUGGGAAGGAAUGUGGAAGAACACGGUGCCAGUGGCCAUCAAAAUCAUGAAACAAGCAAACAUGAGAGACGACUUUGCCAAAGAGAUCCAGAACUUGAAAUGUCUGAAGCACGCGCGGCUCAUCAAACUCCUGGCGAUCUGUUCCGUCAGCGAGCCCAUCUACAUCGUCACGGAACUCAUGAGGAAGGGCAAUUUGCACAGCUACCUCAACAGUAUGGCAGGGAAGGAUCUCACCAAGCAUCACCUGCUCAGCAUCUCUUGCCAGGUGGCUGACGGGAUGACCUACCUGGAAGAGCAGCACGUCGUUCACCGAGAUUUGGCAGCCAGGAACAUCCUGGUGGGAGAUGACCUGGCCUGCAAAAUCGCUGAUUUCGGCCUUGCCAGACUCCUCAAGGAUGAUAUUUAUUCCACCAGUGGCAACGCCAUGAUCCCUGUGAAGUGGACAGCCCCAGAGGCAGCUGUCUACCAGACCUACUCCCUCAAAUCAGAUGUCUGGUCUUACGGAAUUCUUCUCUAUGAAGUUUUUACAUAUGGGCAGAGCCCCUAUGAAGGUUUUCAUCCUUUGAGCUUCUUGAACGGUCAAGUAGAGCAGCUAAGAGUGUGA